GUCAUUUCCGGUGAACCAUUGGUGACAACGGCAACAUGGCCCUGAAUGGCGCUGAAAUCGAUGACUUGUCCUGGGAGCCUCCGACUGAGGCGGAGACAAAGGUGUUGCAGGCGCGCCGGGAGCGGCAGGAUCGCAUCUCCCGGCUCAUGGGCGACUACCUGCUGCGCGGUUACCGCAUGUUAGGCGAAACGUGCGCGGACUGCGGGACGAUCCUCCUCCAAGACAAACAGCGGAAAAUCUACUGCGUGGCUUGUCAGGAACUCGACUCAGAUGUGGAUAAAGAUAAUCCCGCUCUGAAUGCUCAGGCUGCCCUCUCACAGGCUCGGGAACAUCAGCUUGCUUCUGCCACAGAACUCCCCUUGAGCUCUCGGCCCACACCUCAGCCCCCUGUACCCCGUCCAGAGCACUGCGAGGGAGCUGCAGCAGGCCUCAAAGCAGCCCAGGGUCCACCCCCUCCUGCUGUGCCCCCAAAUGCAGAUGUGGUAUCUUGCACACAAGAGGCCCUCCUGCAAAAGCUGACCUGGGCAUCAACUGAGCUGGGCUGUAGCACCUCUCUGGAGACUAGUAUCCAGCUGUGUGGCCUAAUUCGGGCAUGUGCUGAUGCCCUGGGUAGCCUGAAACAGCUGCAGCACUAAGAGACACCCCCCCCCCCCAGAAAAACCUUCUAGAAAAAC